AAAAGAAGGAAAACUUUUUGAAACUUUUUUUUGGGGGAAAAAAAAAGUGAUUUCGCUUUUAAAAGGUCUCUCACGAUGCAGAAAUGCUGCGCUGUGCUCUGUGUCCUCCUCCUCCUCCUGAGCCUCCUCACCCCCUCACUGACCGCACCGGGCAGUCGGGUCGCAUCUGUAAAUGAUCUGGACGGCGUGGAAUCUUCAGGAUUCACCCCGAGCUAUGAGGACGAGGAGGAAGAUGAUGGCAGCUCUGGUUUCAGCUCUGGAGACGGGAUCAUUAUCGAUGAGGAUGGAUUGGAGCCCGUUGACAAUGAGCUUGACGACUUGGACAACAUGAUUAACGAGACUGACCCCUGGGGGUCCAAGGAGCUGGAGGAGGUGCAGCUGGGAAAUGAGGUGGGGAUCCUGAAGAAAUCAUCGCCAAACCUCCAGAGCAAUAGUGUGUCCAUGGCCAGCUCCCACGGCAACCUGCUGGACAGCACCGAAGUGGUGGCAGCACUGAUCGCCGGUGGAGCCAUUGGGCUGCUGUUUGCUGUGCUGCUGAUCUUGCUGCUAGUUUAUCGCAUGAGGAAGAAGGACGCAGGCAGCUACGACCUGAGCAAGAAGCCCAUCUACACCAAGGCCCCCACCAACGAGUUCUACGCAUAGACCUUCACACUCCCCCCUCCUCCCCGGCCUCCGCCCACCCCCUCAGGUGCCGCUUUCCUCAACAGUUCAGGUUCACUUUGUUCAUCUCUGACUUAAUGGACAGAAACAGACUGGAGAGCGAGUUCCAUCACUACUGUACUUUCUGCGUCUUUUUUAACAAAGGACCUUUUUUUUCCCCUCUCGUUUUGUCACUGUUUUUAUAUAGAAAAAGGAU